GACCGACCGAGUAAUUACAAUACCAGUCUUUAAGUGGUCAGUUUAUGAUUUGGGUGCAUGAUUUUCUCUGUGUGAAUCAUUUUGUUACCCCACUUAGGAUACCCGAUCUGCAAUUUUCCUCUUCUGUUAUACCUCUCUACUCGUAUCCCAUCUGGCAUAAAUAACCACUUUCAUAUCGCCAUCUUACCUUGUGACUAACGUCGCUUUUUCAAUUGGUUCAGAGUCUUCUUUUUGUUCAUUAGUUUUUGCUGCUUCCUCUUGGGUCUUGACUACAAAAACCACUGCUCCGUCUUCCCCCAAAGCUCUCAGAACUUUUCCUUUUUGACUCCGACAUCGCUGCAACCCCACGAUAAACCAUGCCCCUCGUAAAAACUACUGAGGUCAACGAGGACACUCGUGUCCUGGGAUAUGACCCGUUGCUUUCCCCCCAGUUCCUUCAGUCCGAGAUCCCUGCUCCUGCCCAUGCGAUUGAGGCAGUCCGAUCUGGCCGUAACCAGGCUAUUGAGAUCAUUGAACAACGCGAUGACCGCCUCCUGGUUGUUGUAGGCCCAUGCUCGAUUCAUGACCCCGCUACAGCGCUCGAGUAUGCAACCCGGCUGAAGGAGCUCUCUCAAAAGCUUUCUGGAGAGCUCUGUGUGAUUAUGCGUGCCUACCUGGAGAAGCCCCGCACAACAGUUGGCUGGAAGGGUCUGAUCAACGACCCGGAUAUUGACGAAACCUACAACAUCAACAAGGGUCUGCGUGUCUCUCGUAAGCUCUAUGCUGAUCUUACUGGUAUGGGAAUGCCCAUUGCUAGCGAGAUGCUCGAUACCAUUUCCCCUCAGUACCUUGCCGAUCUCAUCUCUCUUGGAGCCAUUGGUGCCCGUACGACUGAAUCGCAACUGCACCGUGAGCUGGCCUCUGGUCUGAGUUUUCCUAUUGGCUACAAGAACGGCACGGAUGGCAACCUCACAGUUGCUAUUGACGCCAUUGGAGCUGCCUCCCACCCCCACCGUUUCCUUGGUGUGACCAAGCAGGGCCUUGCUGCCAUCACCAAGACGUCAGGCAACGAGCACGGCUUUGUGAUUCUGCGUGGUGGUAACAAGGGAACGAACUACGAUCGAGAGAGCAUUAAGAGCGCCCGUGAGGCCCUGCGGGCCAAGAAGCAGCGCGAGGUGGUCAUGGUGGAUUGCUCUCAUGGAAACUCGAAGAAGGAUCACCGCAAUCAGCCUCUCGUUGCUAAGGAGGUGGCAGACCAGCUGCGUGAGGGCGAAGACGCCAUUAUUGGCGUGAUGAUUGAAUCCAACAUCAAUGAAGGCAACCAGAAAGUGCCCCCUGAGGGUCCCUCAGGACUUCUCAAAGGUGUCAGCAUUACGGAUGCUUGCAUCAACUGGGAAACAACUGUUACUGUGUUGGAGGACCUCGCUGAUGCAGUCCGUACCAGGAGGACCGCCAAAGCUUCUAAAUCGAAUGGUGUCUCGCAAUAAGCAGUUCCCUUGGGGCAGUUUCCGAGGCAUGUCUUCCUUGGUGAUCCACCUAAGCGCUCUUUUUGAUUCAGACACCAGGGCCAUCGUGACAUUCCCCAUUUAGGAUUUAUCUUCUCUUCUGUCAAAAUUUGGCGACUGUUAUCUUCCAUGAGCUCUCUUAAGUAAUUCACCGUUGGGUUUGGGGAACCAGACUGAAGCAAAAGUUUUCUGAGCCUUGUCUUCUCAGUUGAUCAUGUUUUGGGCUUCUUAUAACGUUCGAUUCCAGUAAGGUGCAGCUGGCGUUUCAGGGCACAAAUCGACCUUCCUUUCAGUGGGUAGACAGGAUGCAAUGAUAUAGGAACUCGUAAAUGGUCUUUUGUACAUAUAGACCCACACUUGAUGAUCUAUUUCUUUUAAGCACAGGUAGCGGAGCCAAGUGACCAAGGUGGAAGC